AUGGCUUCAAAAAAUAACAUACUUCACAUCCCCCUUGGGCCUCUGGACCAUAUCGCGCCCUGCAACAUCCCCCAGAGCAUCAUAUACCUUGGCCUGAAGCAAAAUGUAUCUCCUGAAGAUGCGUUCACCUGCCUUCGCGAAGGUCUACGCCUGACAAUCCUGCAGACGCCAUGGCUCAAUGGUAGAAUGUAUUCACAAUCUCAAGAUCGGUCAGGGUGGCGAAGGGGUCAGCUCGAGAUACGCUACGAUCCCAUUGAUCACGGCCGAGGGUGCUCUCAGAUUUCUGAGAUUCCUCUACGCUUUAAUGAACUGCCUGCGUCUACAUCGUUUGCCGACCUGCGAGAGGCUGGCUUUCCCCUGGACUUUUUUGACGAUGAGGUCUUGCUUUGGACAUUGCCAUUCGAACCAGAUUUCGAGUCAGGAGCGGAAGUAUUCGCAGCGCAGGCGAAUUUCGUUCCCGGCGGCUGCUUCCUGGUUUUGUCCAUCGCGGCGCCGGCUUCAGACGGGACUGCGAUGCUCAAUGUGACCAAGUUGUGGGCGGACCAUUGUAGGAGCCUCUUGGACAAGCCAGCAAUUGGAAGUCAAUCACUCCUGCCAAUUCCCGCAGCGAGCGUCGAUCGGGCUGCUUUGGACAUUACUUUGGCUCAAGCGAGGGACCUAUCCCUUCAACCCUUUGAUAAACAUCAGGCCUCAACCUCGCAGCACCUCGUCGAAGCUGAUGGGCGCGACCAGGCAAGCAAAGACGCACCCAAGUUCGAUGACAGUGCCGAAACUAAUGCUGGGUCUGGUGCAAGUCAUGACAUAUAUCAGGCGCCUGAUAUGAAGCCCAGGCUGUUUUAUAUGCCACAGCACAUGUACACGGCACUCCGUAAAGAGCUUGCUACAGUACACAAUUCUACCGACGUUUCUGGGAAUGAUGUCAUCUGUGCUUUUAUUUGGAGGAGUGUCAUCAGGGCCUGGGCGGCGGUGAGAGUAGCACGACAAAACACGGAUGUGGAUGAAAAGGCGACGCUUGCAAUGCCUUUCGAUGCACGGCCAGAUAUCCCGCAUCUUCUGCCUACCAGCUAUCUCGGCAAUCUGAACUUCGAGCACGUAUUCACACUUCCGUUACGCACUCUGAUAGCUCAAGGUACGAGUAUUCCAUGGGUGGCCAAGAUGAUUCGCACGAAUGCCACGAAAAAAGCAGGUCAGAAUGCUCUGCUAGAAGCGUAUGGUCUGCUGCGGUCUCUUCCAGAGUACGACAGUCGCAAUGUGCAGAUGCGCGCUUCUCGCAUGUCACCUCAGUCGGCAUCCGUAGGCAUAUUGUCGCCAAUGGCACUGCCAUUCAAUGAGACUUGCUUCGGAGAACAUGUAUUUGCUAACGGCGGAAGGCCAGAAGCUUUCCGCCCAAUGAUGGGAAUGUGCAAUCGUGGGUACCGCACGUGCUUUGUGAUUCCACGCAAACAGCAUGGUGGCAUUGAAUUUGUGAUGACUUUGUCUGAGGAAGAAACGGACUUUUUGCAGGAUGAUGACGAGUUCAGCCGCUAUGCCUUCUUCCUCUCUUAG